AUGUGUCAGUGUCAGCUUCUCGUCAAGUUCCCAAAAAUGUGCUUCUGUUUCCCAGUAAAGGCGGUGAUUCCUUUGGUGAAACUAGUACUGGUGAUCAACUCCUGCGUACUCAUAGCAUUGGGUCUAGUAGGAAAAUUCGUCAUCAGCGGUAUUAGUGCCAUCUACGGUUACACGUAUUGUUUGAUAUCUGGAUCACUAUUGCUGAUCCUAUGUGCAUUAGGUUGCUUUUUCAUUAAGAUCAAUGUAAAAUUGAUGACGACGUUGUACAUCGCACUACUCGCAGCCGACUGCUGCCUGAACUUAUUGUUCUCCUCGUUCGUGUUGGACAGAGCCGUCAGAACCAACACGCAAGACACUAGGAAUUUUUUGGCAGACGUUUAUUUGAAAGCGCGGCGAGAACCGGAAGCGUUGCUUGUGGCGAUUGCACUCGGGAAACACUUUGAGUGUUGCGGAAUUGAAGGAGCUCAAGACGCGGUAGUUCGUCUUAACUCUGACAAUGAACUGUUGAUUUCUGGAUGUUGCAAAGAGCGGGAAAGGCGGUGUACUCGAAAGCAGGCGUUCAAGGAUGGUUGCAAGAAGAGAUUCGGAAAAUUUUACAAAGACGUUCUGCUUAUGAUGGGAAUAUUUUUGCUUUUCGCGGGAAUGGGCGUUUUCAUUUUGUUCCGGAUGAUGUUGACGCUUUGCCUGAAACCGACCAUGGUUUAG